UGUCUGGAGCCGCUGCAUGGACGGGACGUGGGGACGCCCGCCGGGUGCAACCACCGCUUCUGUCUCGUCUGUCUGCUCGAGUGGUCGAAGUGCGUUAACACCUGUCCAGUGGAUCGCAACGUCUUUCACUACAUUGUGCCGAUUUAUGAGAAGUGUCAACCACAUCAGGUGAAGAGGAUCGCGGUGAAGGAGACGGAGCAAGAGCUGGUGAUGAGUGACAUCGACUGGGAUGAGGAGGACGAGGAUGCCGUGUACUGCGAGGCGUGCGGCGCUGCCGACCGCGAGGAUCGAUUGCUGCUCUGCGACGCCUGCAACCUAGGCUAUCACCUGGAGUGUCUCGUGCCGGCACUGGAGCAGGUUCCGACGGGCGAUUGGUUCUGCCAUGAGUGCGUCGACGCCUGUCGCGUCCGUAGCGAUCGUGCGCUCGACUGGACUCGAGAGGACGGACGAGGGGAAAGUGAGAGCGAGGCGGGAUAUGCGGCGCUGCGGCAGUGCAGUGUCGCACUGAGGCAGUGUCACACGACCGGCACCACAGUGCGGAUAGACAGCAGCAGCAGCAGCAGCAGCAACACCAGCAGCUGCUACGUCGCCGAUUCCGAGGAGGUAGAGAGCGCCGGGAGCCGGGCAGCGAGCAAGAGCUUGAGUAGCGAUGGAGAUUCGACUCUGACAAACGCGAGCGGUGACGAGUCAUCGACCCCCAGCACAAGCUCAGGCAGGAUGUCACACGAUGGGGAGGAGGAAGAGGAGGAGGAGGAGGAGGCAGAGGAGGAGUAUAUUCUGGGGAGGGAGAGCUUGUACAGGAGGAGGUGGAGGGAUUUCUGGGUGGACACCUCAUCGGAUAGCAUGGUGACCAUGUCACUAGCAUGGCUGCACCAUGUCAACAAGCAUAGUGGCAUCAUGUGCACUGCAAUGGUGACCAUGUCACUAGCAUGGUGA